AAAUUAUGUUAACAGAAACAAAAUUUGAUUGUUCUUGAUCAUCGGAAUUUGCUUAUGAUUUUUUUUUGUGUUUGAAUUAUUGGCAACCACUUAACAUAAUUGGAUACUGCGCUCAAGAUGAUAAAAUAAAUGGAAAUGAAUGCGCCGACGUAAAACUCAACGAUUAUUUUACAAAACACCUCAAAGGAAGAAGAUUGUAAACUUCAGGUCGAAAGAUUGACUUAAAAUUAAGGCGAUAAGGAAUUAGAAACAAUUGAUCAUCAUGCUUUUGUUUGUACAGUUGCUGCUAAUGUGGUAUUGUUUCAAUGGCACUAGAGCAAACAAAAGUCCGCAAAAGAUUUUAUCAGUUGAAACAAAUUGCACAAAAGAUUUGAUGCAUCUUAAAUUGAACAUGCUGCGUCCGUUUAAAGGAAUGUUUUAUGCAAAAGGUUUUUUAGACGAAUGUAAUAGUCAGGCAGGAUCUAAUUUGCUAACAUUACCUUUAACAUCAUGUGGUAUGAGAUCACAUAUGCUCUCGAAAGAUACCAUGGAAUAUUCAGUACAGAUUGUUGUUCAGCACAGUUCAAAGCUUCAGCAAAAAAGUGAUAUUAAAAUUAAUGUAAAAUGUGAAGUCUCGACAGACACAAUGGAUCAUAACAUUGAAAGCAAUGACUUAAAGCCACAACGAAACGGAAGAAUGAGAUUCUUCAAGACUGGAAUGAAGAUUCGCUCAUGGCUUCAAAUAGAUUCUCAGAAAGCUGAAUAUGCAGCAGUUGGGGAGAAUGUGACAAUAUCAGCGAAUGCAUUGCUUCCACGAAAUGUUGGAAUGAGGAUAGUCGAUUGUAUAGCAUUUGAUGGAGUUGGAGAUUCGUCUCAGAGACUGUUUGAUGAAUAUGGAUGUGCUGUUGAUGAGCUGAUUAUGUCUGAAUUUACUGAGCAUGUUAUGGAUCUUGAAGAUGGAUGGUCCAAGAGCAGUGAUGAUGACAUCGUUCGUAAAAUAUAUUCGACAGAAUUUCAAGCCUUUAAAUUCCCUGAUAAGGAGAUAAUCCACUUUAAUUGUGGCAUCAUUCUAUGCAAAGGAGAAUGUUCGAAAGAAUGCCACGAUAUAUCAGAGAAUCAUUUGUUGAAAAGACCGUUAGCACGUUUAGAGAUAUUUAAUAGUUUGAAGGUAAUUGCACCACAAAUAGAAGCAAUUGAUAGACCAAUAAAAAAUGUUACAACGAGAGAAAAAUCGGAAGCACAAUCAGCGUAUUUAGGACCUGAUGUUUUAUGUAUAUCGCAAUCAAGAUUAGCAGUUAUUUUCUGCACAUUAGGCAUAAUUUUCUUGUUAGCAGUAAUUGUGGCAAUAUUCUGCUCGAUUAGAUAUCUUACGCAGAGACGAAUAAUGUACAGCAGAGCUCCAACACUUUCUGAUGAUAUCAGCGGGAGACGUAGCAUCUUUUCAUUGAGUUCAAGUUCAAAUAAUUUUUCGCAGUCUUCAUUAGAAAUUGAUAGCAAAUUAUUCUCUUAUGGCAGAGUCUAUUAAAAAUAUUAUUAUAGCUAUAGAAUGAUGUUAACUUAAUCAAGUGUAAAAAUGUUAAAUAUGUACCAAUCAUUAAUAGAUUUAUAUAUUGUUAUGGAUUAUGGUAAUAAGCACUGGACGACAAAUUAUAUUUUCUUGUCC